CAGGCCUUUACUCCAUCACAAUGAUCAUUUUCCCGGAAGUCAGUCCUGACAGACUGAAGCAGUUCUUGGGGAGCGUGGUCGGCCUAGUAAUAGCAAUCGGUGGGGUUCUUGGUCCAAUACUAGGAGGCGUCCUCACCCAUUAUUCGACUUGGAGAUGGAUAUUCUGGAUUAAGUACGUCUGUUUGGAAACCUCUGCGCUAGGUCGCUCUGACGGUGGUGUGCAGUGGUCCCAUCGGUGCCGUUUCCAUGGUACUCUUUUACUUGACCUGGCCGAAAGCCGAAUAUCUGCCCGACCUUGAACGCAGGACUUGGAGAGAACUUGAUUAUCUAGGCUCAGCACUGCUCGUAGUGUCGUCAGUUCUUGUGGUAUUCGCGUUCCAGAAUGCUGGCGGUGCUUCAACGGACGUUUGGAAACAGGCUAGGUUUCUUGCUCCCUUGAUUGCUGGCGUCCUUGGCUGGGUAGGCUUGAUCGUAUGGGAGAUCUGGGCGGACCGCCGCUGGGGUGAUCGAAUCGCGGCCGGAUUCCCAAUGCGGCUCAUGCGCAAUCACGUAUACGGCGCAACGGUCGUGAACACGAUAUUCCUCGGGUUUCCCUUCAUAAUGCUUGUGUACGCGUUUCCUCUCCGAGUCCAGAUUGUCAACGGGAAAGGCGCUCUGCUGGCAGGCGUCAUGCUGCUUCCCAUGCUUGGCGCAAGUGCAACAGGGUCCGUCGUUGCUGGCGUUAUUAAUGGCAAGAAAGACCGAGUCUUCGAGACCCUUGCGGCUUCCAGCUGCUUCGUAACGCUAGGGUGUGGGCUCCUAUCCACCUUAUCAAGUUCUAUCAAUGUCGAAGCAAAAGGGCUUGGCUUUCUUGUCUUUGUUGGUUUUGGUUUUGGCAUGUCUGCCGCAGGAUGUACCAUGGUUGCGAAUCUGAAGGCCUCCAUUCGAGACCACGCUCCAUCGCAAGGUAUCAUCGCCCAGGUUCGGAUACUCGGGGGAUCAAUCGGUAUCGCAGCUUCUGCCGCCAUUCUAGGGGUGACGCUCCGAACCCAACUUAGAGGCAUCGUGAACCCCGACCAGCUAGCCUCACUUGAGAGCCAUCCCGACGACUUCAGCCAGAUCCAGCUCGACUCAAUCAGGAAGGCCUAUUCUGAUGCCUUCAGUGAGGAUAUGCGCGUUUGCGCGGUUGUUGCUGGUGUCGCCAUCGUUUUGAGUUUGGGGACAUGGAGUCGAAACCGACCUUCCGUACAGGAAAUCCUAAGCGGGCAUGUUAGGGAGGAGAAGGAGAGGAGGAAAAUUGUAAAAUCGCCGACAUGAAAGACAUCUAGUGACCAUUAACCAAAACUCAGGAAGCUAACUCUCAAGAUUUCUGAUUGGUCAUCCUUGAAGAUUGUGCUUUGGGCUGUUGGAGCAUUGAGCCCCAGGAUGAAAAUAAGGAUCGAGUAGCAAUGGAUCAAGUUGAUUAAGAAGCCUGUCCAUGCUGGAACGACGCAGUCACGGGUAUCUCGUGGUGUUGUGUUCUUGGUACAUUGCGAGAAGUUCAUGUUUGCUAUGCCAGGUUCUAGUACUUCCAAGUUUUGAGUUGUCCUGGUCUGGGAUUCAGGAAUAUCCUAUGGCUGGUUUGAAAUCAAGCAUUGGUAGGACUUGCCUGCCAGUUGCUGGUGACAGAUAGACUUAAGUGACGACGAGAAUCUAUGAGUAAACAACCAAAGAUAUCGACUGUGUUUAAACUGUUGUAGACCAAAUUCGUUGAAUACCUUCAAGGUUUCUGUUGUUGAAGACGUUCGCCUAUCCUUCUUUGCAGGUU